GCUUUGGAUGGCGAUGAAGAGGUGUGGGGGAGAGCUUGGUUGCUUCUUUGGGAAAGGCUUCCAGUCGGAGGUGUUGGUUUGGCUGGCCGAGCAUAUUUAUUGAUUUCAUCAUCGUUCAUCUUCACACACCACCGGGAUGCAUCCUCGACUUGGGUAAUAUAUUUACAGUCCACUCAAUAUGAAUUUAUGAUAUCUCUUGAACUUACAUUAAUAAUAAUACGGCCGAAAUCAAAAUGGUCCUGCUCAUCACCACCACCCGCAUCCUCUCCGCAAUCGAGUCCAUCCCAUCCUCGUGUCGCAAGGAUCUCAAUUUUCCUGACUCGCUGGAUUUGAACUCACCCAUUUCGCACGAUCAGUUGAUUCGACUGGCGCAGUAUCUGCAUACUGCACAGAAAAACGAUGGCAGCUGGAGCUUGAACUCGUUGCUCAAGGGGACCAAGGUUUACGUUCCUCCUCCGCCGAAGAAACCUGAACCUUCCCCAGAAUAUCUCGCCUCAAAAGCCCGCCUCCUCGCCGCCGCCGAAGCAGACGCCUACAACCGCCUCAUGACACCUUCCACAUCAUCCACCCAAGCCCCCUCACCGAUAUUCACGACAUCGACCUCGAGCCCGGAAACCAGCGAACCCGAAUACGCCGACCCACUCACCCCGUCGCUCGUCCUCAACAUCUUCCUCUCCGUCGUUAUAACCGGGUUCAGCGUCUACUGGGCUCUGACGAGUUUCCAAACUCCUGAGUUUUUCACUUCGUCGGUUUUAUCGGCGUGGGGGUCGAAAAAUAGACGGGGUGCGUCGGAGCCGGUGAAGGUGUUGGUGUCGUUUGUUGUGGCGUUGGUAGUUGGGGUCGCGGAGGUGUUUCUCUACGCGGCGUAUCUGAGGAAGGUUGAGUUGGCGCGGGGCCGGGAGAAGAAGAUGAAGGAGCGGAAGAAUGGCACGACACAAGAGGUUAAGAUCCCUGGUGGGGAUCAAGAGGAGAUUUGGGGUAAAGGAGCGAAUGGGGGAGUGAGGAGGAGAGUGAGAGAAAGAUGGGAAGAAAGAGAGAAGGAGAAGGGAGAACAGGAUGGGAGUCAGUAAGUUGCCGUGUGUCGGUAUACAUGUGAACCCCCGGAUUGAUUUCCGGAGAUUCUAACUGCGGAUCUUGAUGAUCCAGCUUGUAUGAUAACGUGCUCAGAUGAGAAUGACAGAAUAUCAGACUUUGUCUGAGAUGUGAAUCAACUACAAAAUACAAUGGAAGGGUCGAAAUGAACAAAACCAAAACAUAUGGUAUUUCUCUAAAAGAUGC